AUGGCGGUCAUCAACCACAACAACCUGGUGCCCCCGGCGCCCCCGGCUCAUCAUCCAGCUGCUCGCCCGAAUGAGGCCCCUCGUGUGGCGCAGGCUGUCUCUCCACGCCCCAUGAACCCCGAGUAUCUGGUCCAUCAGAUGGGCCGGCUUAAUGUUCAGCCCGAGAGGCCGCCGGCUGCCAACCACCAAAAGCCAAAGGAUGCCAACCCCGUCGAGGAGAUUGAUGCCCGCGCACCCUUCUACUACCUGGGGUACACCUUCUUCAAGGCCGAUGCCCUACCCGGGCACAAGUCCACCUGGAGCCAGGUGGAAAGGGCGAAGAUGAACCUCAGCCAGACCGACCUAAUCAAGCUAGUGCACAAGCGAACUAAGAAGACCCCCAUCGCAGAGCAAUACCAGUCCCUGUCCAAGGUCAAGCGUGCGCAUGUGGAUAGGUUGAUCAGUGAACUCCGGAAAAGCGACCCCCAUUUCGAGUGGACGUGCGUAUAUGUAAAGGAGGAUGAGAAGCCAGUCAAGGGCAAGAAUUCCCGCCGCGGUGAUUACGAGACGCUUUCCAUGAAUGUCAUUGUCAUACGGAAGGCUACCGAUCUCGUGUUCCCCAAGAUCCCUGUGGACGACCAUGUCGAUGUGGACGCUCUUCCCAAGCCCAAGGACAGGGCGCCAACUCACGUCCACAAUCAUCCAUCGGAGCCUGGAUCCAAGCCGAUGCCCAGAAACAUGCAACCCAGUGAGCCGUUGGUCGGGCCUACUAUCCAUCAGGGGCCGAUGCCACCGGCCAUGAACAAUGUCCAGCAGCCACUGCCUGCCAGGUUCCACCCCCCACCUCCCCAGCCCCCUCAGGGAUAUCAGGGACCAAGACCACAUAUGGCCCCGGGACCUUGGCCGUGGAUGCACGCGAUGCCAGCCGGCAUGCACUCGCACCACCCUCCAUCUGGAAUGCCUGGUUCUACAAUGCCUGGUUCUGCGAUUCCUCGUUCUGGGAUGCCUGGCGCUACAGUCCCGAUGACCGCAAUUCCCCGUCCUGCGAUGCCUGGUUCUGCGAUGCCUGGCCCCGUAAUUCCCGGUAAUGCACACAUAGAGGCCCUUACCAAUGGAGUUCGAGGCAUCCCCAUUGCACCUGGCAUACCGCAUCAAAGGCAAGAACUCGAUCCCCGCCCCAUCCUGCCAAACCAGCCAGAGACCUAUCCUGUGGGCAAGGUAAAUGCCCCAGCUUCGGCGGAGGAUAAGCCCGAGAACAUCAGGCCUGCGACCCCAGCAGCCGAGCCCGAGUUAGAAUUGGGAGUGGAGUCUAGCAGCGUGGGAGAUGACGAGUCAGUGUUUGACUUCGAUGACGAGAGCUCCGUAACCGACAGCUCCGAUGAGGAGCUAGAGCUGGCUGAUAAGCCCCAGCCAUGGCGAGGCAGUCUGUAUCGUCGACACUCGACCCCGAGGACCAAGCCUUACCGUACCCACUAUCGAAAACAGCCCCAGAGGAAUGGUUCGGACACCAAAUCGGGCCGUUCUGAGUAUCCAACUGACUGCAUCGACGUGGUGCCCGCCGAUAGUAAGCAUGUCGACCCACGGACCGACAGUGGCCCUGGUCAGGAAGUCACACGGCCGGCCCGGGACCGACCCAAGAUUAUCCAUGCGCCUGUCAGUGCUGACGACCUGGAGCUGGAGCAGCUUCUGGACGAGAGAAAUGAGCGAUUCCGAGGUGGGCGGGUGCGGAAUGAUAUUCGGACACGAAUCCUGGAUGACCGCGAGGCUCGACUGGAGUUCCGCGAACGGAUGGUCGAAUACCAGGCCCGCAUGCUGGAGGAGAGGGAGCGGCUGAACGAAGCAUGCUACCUGGGUCGACGCAUGUCCCUGCGCGAGCCGGGAACAUUCUAUGCACCUCGACGGUACUAG